AUGAACGGGAAAGAGAGUGAUCCAGAUCCGUUUGAAGAUAGUGAUAGUGACUGGGAAAAGGACAAUUUGGGAACUGAAUCCUAUGGCUCCGAUAGCAGUCGUAGUCAUGGCGAUAAAUACAUACACCCCGCAAGUUUACGUCGAAAUAUUCGCCAAGACAUAGCUGAAAUCCUCAACAUAACUAAAGGAGAUGACGCAAAUAUGACCCAGAAAAAGAUGAGGACGAUUUGUUUCUACUGUCCAGGAACGUAUUUUUUACUGUACGACUUCAUUGACUUUUUCGAGAAAGAUGGUCCAAGCUUUUUACAAAGAGAAAAGUAUCACGAAAUUAUUGAUAGGAUUUUUAAGAACAUGAGCCGGUUGGAAAGGGACGCCAUAAUAUUCCAAUAUACUAACUGGGAACAAGUCCACGAUGGAUAUCUAAACCAAAAAAUGAUCGGAGACGUUGUAGGUGAUUAUUUCUUCGUGUGCCCAACGAACGACUUUGCUGAAUUGGCGGCAGAGAGAGGCAUGAAAGUUUAUUACUACUAUUUUACUCACCGAACUAGUACGUCCCUUUGGGGUGAAUGGAUGGGGGUAAUGCAUGGCGACGAAAUCGAGUACGUUUUUGGUCAUCCACUGAAUCUCUCAUUACAGUUCAACUCAAGAGAGAGGGAGUUAAGUCUGAAGAUAAUGCAGGUGUUUACAAGAUUUGCCGGCACAGGCGCCAUCUGUCAACAACUACAAUAA